AUGCUGCACCAUUACGCCUAUUUUCUAGCGCUGCUCUAUUUUUUACCACAUGCCACCGCUAAGGUGAAAUGUCCAGCCACGUCAAAAGGCCACGUCCUCGAAUGUGCCUUUGCAUGCUGUCCCUCAUUCGAGGGCGCUGAUCAGGGAUAUUAUUGCUGUGGACCAGAUGAGGUCGAUGGCGGACAUACCCGAGCUGAACGAUUCGUCGCUUAUGGCAGCACAUUCCAGAUUGAUUAUACUUUGCUCAUAAUCGGCCUAAUCGUCUCUAUCGUUGUGUCUAUUCUUCUGUCAUUCUUUUGCUGUCUCCUUUGCAAUGGCUGCUGGUUGCAUCGCCGACGAAAUCCACAUCUCUACGAAACUGUGAACGAGAGCGGCUGGUACCCGAUUUGCUGUGGCUUCGGAAUUCCGAUGGGUACGGUAGUCUUCUCAACGCAUCCACCACAAUAUCGAGAUGACAGUGAAAUGUACCACGGAUCCAUCAACGUCAAGCUUACCUUCAUCGAAACAAAGAGUCCGCUUCAAUCCAGAUGGAACACCACGAGGGGUGCUGAAAAACGGUCACGACAACUACUGACGGCAUUCCGACAUUAUGCGAAAUUGGGAAAAAAGCUCAAAUAA